ACAUCUUCCGAUCUGAACUCUUCAUUUUCUCUAUCUCCAAACUCAACUGCUUCGUCUCCUAGAUCUGCAAUGGAUUCGUACGAUUUGCGCUUCGAAUCCAUUAUCCCGGAGACACAAUUUGAGGAUAUUGGAAUUGAUGAUGGGGAUUUCAUCUCUGACAAGGUGGAGGACGAGGUCAUCGUCAUCGCCAGCGACGACGAUAUGGCCGAUGUUGCCCGCUCUAAUUGUUUCUUUGCAAUGGCCCAUAUGCUACUGACUGUUCUUGUAGACACUUUAAAUUGUGCUGCAAGGCCGCCUGGACAUCGGGAUGAAAAAAGGAAGAGGAAUAAAGCUGAAUGUGAAAGGAUUGUUGAAAAGAUUAGGAAGACAAAGAUGGAGAAGAAAGGGGAGUAGUGCUGGGUGUUACUGUAAUAAUCUUGGGGAGGGGGUUAAAUAGCCUGCAAAUGGAUUCAAAAUUGAUGUAUUUGAAGGAAGUAUUGGGCGGCAUUCCAAAAAAAUUUAGAGGGAAUGCCUAAAUUUUGUUAUGUAAUCAUGGAUUUGAUGUAUGAUAAUGAUUGAAAUAGUGUAGUUGGUGUACUUUGCUUGCUUUCAAUGUGUUCGGCCCCUUAUUUCUGUUCUUUCUUUUUUUUCCUUCAUUAAGGGUAAUUUAGUCAUUUCAUGCCUUAUUCAACCGGACGGAGGGAGUAUUUAUUUAUACUUCAGGUCUAAAAUCCUUCACAAUCCAUGUUAUAUAACACUCCUUCAAAAUCUAUCAUUUUUUCAAUAUCAUUAGAUUUAGAAAGA